AUGCAAAGAAAAGAUACGGUCCGUAAUGUCGAGUCGACCGGAAAGUUCUGCUGGAAUCUCGCAACAUGGGACUUGCGCGAAGCCGUCAACAUUUCCGCAGAACAGGUUGGAUACGCAGUGGACGAGUUUGAGCGCGCCGGGCUGCGUAAGCAAUACAGCCAUUCACUGCCUGGAGAUCCCGUUCCCAUGGUUAAAGACAGUCCAGUGAAGUUUGAGUGCGUCUAUCACUCGACUAUCAGGUUGCCUGCCAACCCACCAAUGGGAACUGUCGACGUCGUCAUCGGCAGAGUUGUAGCUGUUCACAUCCACGAUGACGUGCUUACAGACGGAAAAUUGGAUGUCAAGAAAACGCAACCAAUCGCUCGUUGUGGUUACUUCCAGUAUGCGGUCAUUCGGGACACCUUUGACAUGGUGAUUCCCGGUAUGGACGACGCCACUCACGCUGGGUUGGAAGGGAACAGCGGGAUACACAAAGAGAUUAGAGAGGGCAAACUGGGACAGAACGGCUCAAAGUAG